CGCAAAUUGUCUCACGAAGCCACGACAGAGAUCGAGUGAUGCUCAAUCGUACAAUCGCAUUGCUUACACUACAAUAAUGGAAAAUUCGCCUGUCUUCCAAGUGAAAGAAAAUGAGUGGACAUCGGAGAAGUAUUUUGACGUUUUGGGCAUGUAUAUUCCAGUAUUUCUUACUCCCAAUCCUAAGUUACUCUCCGACUUCAUCUCCAAUUUCCAAACAAGAGCAGAUGAUGUGUUUGUGGUUACCUACCCCAAAUCAGUGACAAAUUGUAUGCAAGAAAUUAUCUGGCAAAUCUACAACAACGGGGAGAACAUAAGUGAAGUUAUUUCAAGGCGAGUGCCAUUCCUAGAAUUUUCAACAAAUCCCACACUGGGUGAGUUUGUGGACAUCACCAAACUUCCCAGUCCCCGUCUUAUAAAGUCCCAUCUUUCCUACAACAUCAUUCCUAAAGGUUCAAGCGACGACACCAAAUGUAAAUACAUGUACAUUGCCCGUAAUCCAAAGGAUUUUUCACUUUCAUACUUCCAUUUCAUGGAGAGCCUGAAUUCGUUUGGAAAUGGCUACAGUGGGCCAUGGGAAUUUUUUUCCAAGUUGUUUAUCGAUGGAAAUGUAGGUCGGAACCGCUCGAAUAACCACGUUCUGGGUUGGUGGAAGCACAAAGAUGAUCCUAACUUCUUGUUUCUUAAAUAUGAAGAUCUCAAAAAGGAUCUACUUUCACAAGUUCAAUGGAUCGCCAGCUUCCUCAAUAAAUCGCUAUCAGAAGAUGUUAUCAGUCGCAUUGCUGAACAAUGCAGUUUCAGUGUAAUGAUGAAAGAUCUGUCAAAGUACUCGGUAAAUGAAGGCAAGGUCUGUCUUCUUCGGAAGGCCGUGGUAGUGGACUGGAAGAAUUAUUUUACCCCAGAGUUGAAUGAGAGAUUUGAGAAGGAGGUGCUGUCAAAACUAGAAGGAACUGGAUUAGAGUUUGAUUUUGAGUUGUAGUUAAAUUUUCAUAGGCACCGUAAU